CACGCGCGGCGCCGCCUCCUGCUCCUCUUCCUCCUCGCCGGCGGGUCUGAGGCGGCGGCGGCCGGGCGCUUCCUCCUCCCCACCCCGCUGUGUCCCCUGGGGUCCCGGUGCCGCCGCUCCCCCCCCCAAUCUGUGCCUGCCCCUCCUCCAUCCCCGGCCUGGCCCCGCCGCCAUGAGCCCUGGGGGCGGCUCAUAACCGGCCUCAGCCCCCUCCCUCCCCCCCCGGUGCAGCGAGUGCGGCCGGUCUCCCCGCUCCAUGCGCCGCGGUGAUGCUGCUGCGCCCUCCCUGCGUGUAACAGCGCCCAGCACCUUCCGCUCCGGCCGGCCAAGAUGUGGCAGAGCGUCGGGCUGACGCUGCUGGUGAUCGUGGCCACCCUGGCCUGUGUGCUCCUGUUCAUGCUGUGCGGUUGGUAUGUGGUGUGGCAACUGUUUUUAUCUAAAUUCAAGUUCCUGAGAGAGUUGAUAGGAGACACGGGAUCCCAGCAGGGGGAUAAUGAGCCUUCAGAGUCUGAAGCUGAACAGGAGACUCCACCCACUCCACAGAGAGGUAGACAGAAAUCAGCGCGACAAAGAAGGGCACCAGCAGAAGAAGCAACUUAAAAAGAGCCCUCUGGGCAUUCAUUAGUGACCUAUGAACAAAUUAAACACUUCUGCUGCACUGUGUGAUUCAGCGGUUUGGUUUUACUGAAAACAAUGGACUGCAAAAAACCAAAUAUCUGUGAACCUUUACUUUUGGAUUUCAGAUAUACACUACUUUAGUGGCAGUUCAGGAAGGGCUUUAAUGGUAAGCCAUAUAGAACUAGAAAAAAUAAGGUAGGGGGAGAAUCUCUCAGCUUGAAAAAGGCUGAGCUGCUGUAGCUCCCACCCCUGCAAAUGGAUGCUGUUUCCUGGUCCAUAGGCCUAGCCUUUCCAUUAGUCUGAACAUGGCAAGCAUCUCAGACUUGAAGUGGUUGCUAACUUAUUUUUAUUUCACAGCACUGCAACUAGUUGUAGUAAAAUUUAAUUUUAUUUCUGUAUUUCAUUCAGCUAUAUAAAUAUAUAUUCUUCAAUUUGUCAAUGCAUGUAAACUUGAAAGAUGUUCAAAGAUAUCCUGCUUGCGCGGUAUUCUAAAAUGAGGUUUAGUAACCUUUUCUAUACACGAGAGAAUUCGUACUAGAUACACUUGAUGUGGAGGUUGUAACUAUCUCCUUAAAGAAAAACAUAAUCAGGUGACCAUACCCGAUUUCCUGGUUUUGACACAAGAAGGGUUACAGGUAAAACUAUUCUGCUAGACUUCUGUGUUGUAUCAUCUGAACCUCUAACUCCAUUUUUACUGGAGAUGGGAAGGUACAGUGUGGGUUAAGUAUCUUCACUGUUCAGUAUCCUAAAGUGGCAAGCACAGUUCUAACUCAGUUUAAAAUGUAAACAUUUUUACAUCAGGUAUUUGGUACCAGAAUUUUUUUUUCUGGCGCCACUUAUUAUGAAGAAAUUGUGACCAAUUUGGUGGACACCACUUUAAUAGUGUUGUUGUAGCAAUGUGUUUAGUACCUCAUGUUUGGUGGUGGUUACUGGUUUUAUCAGCAGUUUAGCAGAUUCUCCCAGUUCUUCAGUACCUGAAUUGUACUCCAGGUGAACAUCCUUUAUCUUAAUUUUAUUUUUUUGCAUUGUACUUCAAGCAAAAUUAAAUCUCACAUUGCAGCAAUCUAGCAACUUUAAACUAGUGUUUGAUAUGUAUCAAACAAGGAAGAAUAAGCAGGUUCUGCCUCUGAAGGGGUAUGUUGGGGGAUGAAGCUACAAAAAGAACAGUGUCUGUGUUUUGGGACAAGCUCAUCUGACUUCCCCUGCAUUCAGAUUCUGCCCUACAGGAAAAUGUCUUAACUACCAACUAUGAAACCUAUUGGUGGACAAACUUUCUUGAACCUCUAGUGACAAUAGCAAUGCUUAGCUCUUUGAUAGAAUAGACUCCUAUAUCUGGGAGAAGGGCACAUUUUUACUGCCUUUAUAUUCUAAUUUAUCUGUGGAUAUUGUUUGAAAGCUAAUGUAUUAGGAUGUGAAGAUGACAGUAUUCACUGAAAUAUACCACAAACAACUGACAAACAUUCUUCCUGAUGUGUCAGUGUUAAAAUAUGUAAUGGAUGUCCUGAUCCUUCCCUGCAAAUUCUAUAUUCUUUCUUUGUUUACCAGCAUGUAUGUAUAAGCAUGCUUUAUUAUGGGAUUACACUUUCAAGCAUGGUUACACAUCAGUUUGCACAUAUCCUCUAAACACAUGUAAAACCUAUUAAUAGUUUUUCCUAUUCCAUACUUCUUACUGGUGAGACUGGGAACUGGAAAUGGCUAUUGAUUAAGGUAAUAAAAUCCCCAUUGUAUUCAAACUGAUCAACAUUGUUUCCUUUUCCUGCUUUUUCAAGUGUUUGCCUUUAGGACAUACUCAACAGUAUAGUCCAGUUGAUGUACAGUAUACCUUCAACCUAACUGUUCUAAGCAGAUUUUGGAGCACUUUUCUUAAUCUUUUCAUUAAGAACAUACAUUUUGUACACUCAUUAAUUUUAGUCUGCAAAGGGACUAUAAUCUUGAUAUAAAGCAUUCAUACUAUAUGUACAUUUCAGUUCUAACUGAAAUAUAAGUACACAUAGGAACUACAUAUACAGCAAAAAGCUGACAUUUCUAAUCUCUCCUGCUGAAGGAGAGAAUGGAAACCCACAGGCAGUCUCUAAUUUCAACAGCUGUGAAGAAAUGUGAAGUUACAGCAAUACAGAUACCUAGCAAGGUAGCACUCAGAAGUCCUUGUGCCUCAUGCCUUGAGUAAGUUGAUGAGGGAAACCCAUGUAAGUUUCAGUGCUGACACUUUUAUCUGGAAGUAUGCGAUAAAAUGGAAAUUAAAACUAAUGAAUAUAGAACUCUGGGAAGCAAGUUUGUCCUGCCUUUCUGACCAACCUUUUUUUCCCCUCACCAAGUGUACAUUUCCCCCAAAUGGAGUUCAUCUAUUCUGUCAUUUUGUGAAAAAUAGCCAACACUAUUGUAGUAAUAAUGCUGAUAUGACCUACUUGCCAGUAACACUAAAUCCACCUAUAACAUUACAUUCAUGCUCCUAGUAGCAGCAUGACAACGAGGUUUAUAUUAUAAAGAUAGUAUGAGUUGUGUAGCUGUGGUAAUGAAGAUGUCAAUGUAUAAUAUGAAUAGGAGAAAAUAAAAAGGGGUUUCUGCACAUGUCCCGUGUGGAAACUUCUGCGUAUUGGGGUUUUACACACACCUGUAAAACAAGGGCGUAUUUAUGUGAAAGUGUGCAUGUGACCAGGUCCAAGGUAUUAAGUUUUACCAGUCCAAUAGAACUCAUGUUCUUGUCUUCAGAAUAUUUUGUUGGACCUUUUUUAACAAUAUACAUCUAAAGUAUUUUAGUUGUAGCUGAGCACUUAGUUUUUAAUUAAGUAAUACAAUUCUAAAAAACCUUUUUGUAAGGCAAAAAUAUAAAUGACUGCUUUCAUCUUUGUUUUAAUUAGAUUUAUUUUUAAAUAUAUAUGCCUUAUUACAACCAUUCUACUGAAUAUACUUGUUGGUUUUGGUCGAUUAAUUUAAAAUAUAUUCAUAUCACUUUUGUGGCAAUGGUUGAUUGAGCAGCAGUUAUCUGCUUUGUUUAUUAAACACUUUAUUUGAAAAGGCUACUGCCAGGGAUUGUAGAACAAGCACAUAAUAUAGGCUGGUUGAAAAGAGUAGGUAAAUAAUGGCUACAAAUUCAGGAGAAAACUGAAGACAGUUGCAUUCUUGUAGGAUUUUUUUAUGAAUAUUGCAUAAUUCAGACCUGUUAGAAAGCCAUUAUGAUUUUUAUCAUGGUUAUUUAACACCUGCCCACAAGGCUAAUUCUAUGCAGUUCAUUCAUUAAGCACUGCUGCUGUAGCUAUUUGCAGUAAAUGCUAUAUACUGUGCUGCAACCAGUGAGCAAUUUGCUGCUUAACGUUAGGUUUACACUGACCUAGACCUGUGUAUGUUUCAACUUCAGUUUGUUUGGAAACAACCAGAAUAAAAAAUGUGUUUAAUGUAGUCAUUUGCGUCUUCAGUGUUAACUGUUAAAAGAUACUGUACCUAAUGCUUAUGUGGUUUGUCUGUAUUCAUCAUGUUAACUGUUGUUUUAAACUGACUGCACAGAUAACUUAACAAAAACAAAAUAAAAUAGACUUGAUAUGAGAA